UGUGUGGGGCUCGUCCUGGGGCUGAAGAGGGCUGGUGUCCGGGCGGGCGAUGGCGGGGGCCGCAACGGGCGGUAGAGGCGGAGGUGCCUGGGGUCCGGGUCGUGGAGGGGCCGGGGGGCUCCGGCGGGGCUGCUCUCCACCAGCGCCUUCCGGCUCCCCCCGGGCUGGGCUGCAGCCUCUCAGGGCUACGGUCCCAUUCCAGCUGCAGCAGCCGUCUCAGCGCCGGGACGGGGGUGGCCGCGCAGGGAUUGAACUCAGGACCCUGCACUUGCCAGCCAGCGUCCCGUGCUCCGUGGCCUCAGAAAAGUCAGCGUGUAGGCCUCAGCCGCCCCAGGUCCGGCGCACGUUCUCCCUGGACACCAUCCUCAGCUCCUACCUUCUGGGCCAGUGGCCACGAGAAGCCGAUGGGGCCUUCACCUGCUGUACCAAUGACAAAGCCACCCAGACACCCUUGUCCUGGCAAGAGCCGGAAGGUGAGCGGGCCACCUCCUGCACACACAAGCGCUCGGCGUCCUGGGGCAGCACAGACCACCGGAAAGAGGUCACCAAGUUGAAGCAGCAGCUGCAGCGGACAAAGCUGAGCCGCAGCGGGAAAGAGAAAGAGAGGGGCUCCCCACUUCAAGGGGACCACGCGUUGCGGGGGGCACUGAGGGCGUCCCCUCCUAGCUUCCCCAUGGGGUCCCCAUUCCUGCGACUCAGCCCCUGCCUGCACAGGAGCCUGGAGGGGCUCAACCAAGAGCUGGAGGAGGUGUUCGUGAAGGAGCAGGGAGAAGAGGAGCUGCUGCGGAUCCUUGAGGUCCCCGAUGGGCACCGUGCCCCGGCUCCUCCCCAGAAUGGCAGCUGUGAUCAUCCCCUCCUCCUGCUGGAGCCAGGCAACCCUGCUGGCUCUCCCUCCAUGCUGCUGGCAUCCCCCCAGCCCUCUGGUAGGGCCAGCCAUGAGGACCACCGGGGUGCCAUUGAGGAGCUGGCAUCCGUCCCCAAUGACAAAGCCUUUUCCCCGGGCCACCCGGCCUCCCUGGAAGACGGCAGCCCAUCUCCGGUCCUCGCCUUUGCCGCCUCCCCUCAGCCCAACCACAGCUACGUCUUCAAGCGGGAGCCCCCAGAGGGCUGUGAGCGAGUGCGUGUGUUUGAAGAGGCAACGUCCCCAGGUCCUGACCUGGCCUUCCUGACUUCCUGUCCUGACAAGAACAAAGUCCAUUUCAACCCGACCGGCUCAGCCUUCUGCCCUGUCAGCUUGAUGAAGCCCCUCUUCCCCAGCGUGGGCUUCAUCUUCCGGAACUGCCCCUCCAGCCCGGGCUCUCCCCUUCCCCCUGCCAGCCCCAGAGCACCAGCACGGAAGGAUCCAGAGGCCUCCAAGGCCUCCCCACUGCCCUUCGAGCCGUGGCAGCGUACCCCCCCAGCAGAAGAGUCCGUGCUUUUCCAGAGUUCCCUGGUGGUCUGAGAGGAUACCCGCAGGCCCCCUCCUACACCUUACCAUGGAGACCAGUGCCUUGGUGGCAGGCCACUCUAGCUUCCGGAGCUGAGGGAUGGAGGGCCCCCUCCUUCUUCGCCUUCAAGCACUUUCGUUUAUUGUGUCAAAACCCUGGGUCCUCUUUCUGGUGACAGCAACCCCUGUGAAAUGUAGGGGACCUGCCUUCUUCACUUGCAGCCAGUGGUUCACAACUCACACCUGUGUCCCCACCACUUCCCUUCAUUGGUGGACACUCAUCCAGAAGACCUUGCGUCCCCUGUCCCCACCCCAGCUCUUGUCAUUGUCACGGAGGAAGCUGGUGAUAGAUUUCCUUCCCUCUCCACCUCCAGAGACAACAGAAGAGCAGACCAGAAGCCAGAGACCCCACCCCACGCCUCCCUCUUUGGAGGAGCUGACCAAAGCGGCCCUAGCCGGCCAGGACA